CAUUGCAAUGUGCGUUGAAAGGAAGUAAAAAGGGCAAUAAAUACGAACAGCAACCCUACGUUUCCUCCCACAGCGUUUACGUCACCUCCGAUCUUCACCACAAACACCCACCUCCCAUCUCUCUCUCUCUCUCUCUCUCUCUCUCUCUCUCGCCUUAAACUAAUCGUCAUUUAUGAAGCUUCCUCCCAUUAAUACAGGGCUCUAAGAAAAAGUCAAAUUCGUAGCUCAUUGGAAAAAUAUUCAUCGAGCUUUCAAUAAAAAGACUACACCCUCUCCGUUUCCAAUUUUCUGAAGCUUCCUACGAUCAACUUGAACAAAUAUCUAGCCAAAAAGUCCUGAUUUUUCAGUACAAAAGCACCCAAGAGGGUCUAGAUCGGAGGCCAGUUUUUUAUUUCUUUUUUCCUCUUUGGAGGUACUAAAUAAAGGUCAAUUAAUAGAUAAAAAAGUGAGCUUCAUCUUUGAUUCCAUAUUUUCAAUGGAUUCUGACUUCUGGACCUCGCGUCUCACCGCCGCCAAGCGCCAAUACACGCAUCAGCACAACCAUCAGAGUUCCCACUUAGAUCGGUUGAACAUCGAUGAUUUUGAGCUAGAGGACGAUGUCCGACCUGAUUUUACAUGCCCGUAUUGCUACGAGGACUUCGACAUCGUGUCGCUGUGUUCGCAUCUCGAAGAUGAGCACUCGUACGAGUCCAAAGUCACCGUUUGUCCUAUUUGCUCUGUUAAAGUUGCUCGGGAUGUGUUAAGUCAUAUCACACUGCAUCAUGGGCACUUGUUCAAGUUGCAGAGACGUCGCAGGUUACGUAGAGUAGCAAUUCCUAACAGUCAGGCACUAUCACUACUGGGCCGGGAUCUUCGUGAGGCUCAUCUGCAGGCACUUCUAGGGGGUGGUGGACAUCGGUCAAACAAUUCUAAUGUGUCUGCUGCAGCUGCUGAUCCAUUCUUAUCAUCAUUUAUUUUGAAUUUUCCUGCAUCUGAAACAGAAGAAAUAUCAAAAUCUGUGGUAAACGGUGCUGAGGACACUUCUGCCAAACAUGCUGCACCAGCACAUAUAUGGAAAUCAAGUUUUGAUCCUUCUUUGAGUUACGAAGAACGGGAAAAAAGGAUGAGACAAGCUGCUGGGAGAGCUGGUUUUAUGCAAGAUCUUCUUUUCUCGACUCUGUUGAAUGACUAAUAGAAGCGGUAUGUUGCGUCAUAAAUAACUGAUUGAGUUAUUAAGAAGUCUUGAUAAGAGGGGUGCCUUUGGAUGCGAUGCUAGUAGUUUACAUUGUUUGAAGCAGCAUUGUUAUGUCUGGUGAUUGUAUCCCAUUCUUGUUAAUACAUCUCUCUCUCUCUCUCUCUCUCUCUCUCUCUCUCUCUCUCCCCACUUCCUAGUGAUGUACCUCAUGAAGAAAUAUUUCAAGAAGAUCUCAGUUUAUGAAGAACUUUAAUUCAUGA